GUCUUCCUUCAGUGGUCAAAGCAGGACGUAUGGAGGCACUCCACCUGGAAUCCCUGCUCUUGGAGUACUUCUCAGCAGACACGCGACGAUGCGCCGAGAGCUAUGAUGACCUGUUGAUGUUCGUCCUGACGUCGCGCGAGUGGUUGAAGGUCGUUGAGCUCGACGAUUCCUCUAACGAAACGCCAAAUCGAGUUCUGGAGAAGAAUGUUGCCAUUGCCAACGUUAUACUAGGCCCUGAGCGCGGUAUGAUUUCUGCUGCGGCAGGCGAGGACAUCGCUCAUUGGGCAAACGCUGUGCGCUACAAGCCUCACGGUCUCUCGAAAUACUGUGGCCCCAUGUUCAGGCGCCUCCUUCACAUCUUUGAACAGGCUUUCCGGAAUGGCAUCCUCGCAGGCGACCAGGAUGAGCUUAGGAAGACCCUUCACUCUACCCUCUCAGUGGCGCAUGAAGGUUCGGUGAAAUGCGAGAACCCUCACUGUCAGUGGUCCCUGCAUCGCUGCGGAGGUUCUUGGAAAUCUCGGUUCCAGGAGUGCCCGCUGCUCGAACAUGCCAGGAUCGAAGGAGUCUCACGCGGUUGUAUGGGGGGAGUCUCAAACGCUGCAUACGCCGAUUCGCUAGAGGCGCUGCCUGAUCCUUCCCACCUCUCCAUUCUCGAGCAGUCGCUUCAGAGACCAGCAAUACCACGUUCCGCUGCAGCUACUACCGACUCUGAAAAGUUGAUAAAGUGAUUGUCAAUAUGAACGAAAGCACGAAAGAGUUAACUUCUGCUGUCUCGUUCAGGCUAUCGGGAGCUAAGUUAGUGGGGAGCCAGUAUCCUGCGUCAGUCAUCAUCUAAUCAGUGAUAAAGUCACUAGCGCCUCUUUAUUGUGGGCACUUGACGCAGUGGUAACGCGCUCGCUUUGCAUCUGUAACUUUGCUAUCAUGUCAGGAAAGCCACUCUUUUUACUUUCUUGGUGAUGGUGACGCUCACUGAGUCAGUGGCCAGAUUGUGGGAAGCCGGGAAUAUUAAUGUGAUUGUUAUGGCCGUACAACGACCCUUAACUACUUGGAUCUUGAAGCUGGCAAGCACAGAAAGCUAGGACACCUCCUCGCCGCAGUAGAUUGACCGCUCGCAGACAACAUUGGCGAGAGGACCUGGUGGAGACUCCACCUUUUCGUCGCUCCCCUGCUCUCUGGACUCAUUCAUAUCCUAUACUAGCAGCGCUUGAAUGGCUUAAAUGUAAGCUUAAUCCAUUGUUACAGUAAUCUGCUCAUAUUCAGGCUGGGUAAUUGAUACAUGGUUGCCCAGGUUCGAACGCAGAAAGAUCGGGUAGCUCGCUUGAAAAGCGACACGCUCAGCAUUUGCAACCGCCGGCAGUGCACUGGCAACUACAGAAUAAUAAGUGAUUUGAUCCCAUGAACUCUAGACCAGUGGCUAAACUACUUACGUGUUGCCACAGCCGCAAGAGCUGCUACCGCAGCGGGUGUUCUUGGAGAUUUCGAUGGCCUGCCCAGUAAUGAUGUCAGCUGCAGCUCCGAGUAGAUACCGACACUGCAGCUCACAGAGAACAUCUUGCUUAGCGUCUGUAAGUAGAGUGGGGUAGUCUUCGGUGGAGAAAUGGUUGCUGGUUGUCGCUCACCGUCAAGCAUAUUUAUUGCUACGUGCCUUGUCUCAAGAUUUGAAUUAGUAUACCUAAUAUAGUAUGCGCGACAUUUGCGCCGCGCAUCCAGGAAAUGGCUCACAUCCAACAGGUUAUCCAAGAAAACACUCAUGGACUCCUCAGUAAGCACUUAUUCAUGUCCUGUCAGCGGUCUCGG